UUGCAGCUGGGGAGGGGCCGGGGGCGAGGCCGCGGAGGCGGAGGAGGCGGGGGCAGGGGAAGAUUCAGCGGCGGGAGGGGCGACGGCUCGCCCCGUCUCGGCGGCCGCGAUGAUCCACCGCCGACUCCGCGGCGCUCCUCCGGGUGGGGCGUGGCGCCGCCGUCUCGGCAUCUCUGGGUGGGCAGCCUGGCCCCCGGCGUCACCGCCUCGGACCUUUCGCAGCUGCUCCACCGGUGCGGCGACAUCGAGGGCAUCACCCGCGACCCUGGCCGGACCUUCGCCUUCGUGAGCUUCAUGCGGGAGCAGGACGCCGUCGCGGCGGUCCGGGAACUGCAGGGGGCCCGGCUCCAAGGAACGCCCGUUAGGAUUGAGUUUUCCAAGGGGGAUAAGUCUUCAGGUAGCUAUGUGGAUGACAGACAUGCACAAUCUUCUGAUGAGAGACAUUUUGUUGAACAUGGAAGAAAACAUCAAUCAAGCCCUGAAAAAUCAGUUGAUAAAUCUAAAAGAAAUAAGUCUACAGAACCUAGUGAGGUUUUAUGGAUAGGUUUUCCUGCUGGUCUAAAGGUAGAUGAAGCAGCUCUGUGGGAAGCCUUCUCUCCUUUUGGCGAGAUUGUCAAGAUAACAACAUUCCCAGGCCGCACCUAUGGAUUUGUUAAGUACACUACCAUUACAGCGGCAUGCAGGGCAAAAGAAGCACUUCAGGGGAGGCUUUUCAAUAACCCAAGAGUAAGCAUAUGCUUUUCUCGUAAUGAAGGAGUUGCAGCAGAAGUUGGAAGAUGUUCCUCUGUUGCCCCGUAUUCCCCCCACUUAAACCGUAGUGUUCGGUCUAGGUCUGUAUUUGAAGACCAAGAUUUUGAGGCCUUUACUAGGCCAAGGCGUUUUGAUAGUCCUCCGAGAGAUCUCCGCAUGUCAUCACUGCGUGCCGGCCCUGAAAGGUUACUGAGAGAUGCUGAUGAUGUGGGCUUCAGCAGGGAUAAUUAUCUUCGACGCGGACCUCAAAUAGAGUCUGGUCAUGUUUCUAAUUUUGAACCUUUUAGGAUGCGAGGGUUGGGUCCAGAGAGAAGGAUGUCUGAAGACAUAUAUGAACAACACAGAAGUAGCCCUACCGUUAGGGGUGAAACACCAUGGCAAAGUAUUCCUUUUGAGCGACCUCGAAGAGCCUUCCCGUUGGAAGAUUCUUGGGAUGCAGAUGAUCAUUCAUACCCAUUGUCAAAGAAGCUGAGGACUGGUGAAUUGCAUGAUGCUGAACUUCCCGAAUAUCCUUUCUCUGAAUUUGAUCGAGGGCAUGUUGACUCUGGCUACCCAAGGAGGCCCUUCCGUGAUCUGCGAGAAGAUGAUGCACAUCCCAUAACCUAUGAACCUCCCAUGGCGCAUGGUAGAAAUUACAUUGAACCUUUAAGGAAUCCAAACCCACCUGUUGAUAACCAUGAAGCAUGGCGUUCCCAAAAUAGUUUUGCUAUGCAUGCUAGGGAAGUGGACAGGUCAACUCCUGAACAUCAUGGACCUCUUCCUAAAGAAGAGUGGAGCUGGAACGGCACAAUAGCAAAGGGGGGCACACCAAUCUGCCGAGCUCGGUGCUUCCCUGUCGGGAAGGUCCUUAACUUCAUGCUGCCUGACUUUUUGGACUGCACUGCUAGGACAAACUUGGAGAUGCUUUCUAAACAUUACUAUGAAGCUGCUAGCAGUUGGGUGGUGUUUUUUGUCCCAGAAAAUGAUGCUGACAUGGCAGCUUAUAAUGAUUUCAUGAACUACCUUGGUGAUAAGCAGCGUGCUGCAGUUUGUAAACUUGGAGAAAGGAGCACCUUGUUUCUUGUUCCACCGUCGGACUUUUCCGAACAUGUACUUAGGGUGCCAGGAAAAGUGAGCAUAUCUGGAGUCAUUCUGAAGUUUCAGCAGGCAAAUCCAGACCUGACCUCUGCAAAUCGUCAACCGGAAGCAUUGGAGAAAAUGCCUACAUCUUUUGCGAGUUAUCUGAACACUGAUGUGAGUAGUCAUGAGGAUCGAGAUGCAUUGAGAAGACUCGACCCUCCAGAUACGAGGACAGUUCCUCAGGGUCCAGAUUAUCUCCAGCCAUCUACUGGAGUCUAUACUCCUGCAAGUACAGAUUUUAUUCCACCUUACAAGUUUGCAAAUGCUUCUCCAUAUCUGACCUCUCAGUUACCUCAACAAAUGCCAGCACCAGACUCCCGCAGGGAAACGGCACAGGGCCAGCACCAGCAAUCCCCAAAUGUGUGGCCCUCAGGAUGGUCCAAUAAUAAUGACCCAAGUCCAGGUUCCGGUAAUUUCAAUUCUUUGGCUGCAAGUGCAGUCUCACAUACACAAAAUGAUAGGACAUCAGAGCCGUACUCAUUUGCUACUCAGGGAAUACCAAAAGGCACACCAUCAGUGUAUGCACCAGGUGAAGCGUCAAACAUGUCCUUACCUUCCAUGAAACCACCUCAACCUCCAUCGCGGCAGGUAGUUAGACCUCAACAAACUCCAUCUGCCCCAGUAUCACUCCCACCGGUACAACUUGCACAGCUGGCUACUCUUCUUGCACAACAAAACCAACGAGGAGUAGAAGCUGGCUUGCCAGUAGGCAGCUCAAACAGACAAUCAGGGUUCAUACAGAACUAUAAUCCACGUGAGCAUGCUUCGGUGAUGCCAGACAGCUCAGGUCGAUUCAUACAGAAUGCUAAUCAUGCUUCAGUGAUGCCAGAUAGCUCAGGUUCAAUCCCUGUCCACAACUCGCAGUUACCGGUUCCACCAUCUGUCCCAUCGCAAUUACAGGUCCAUCCGCCGCCAAUACAAGGUCAUUCUUCCGUGCCUUUGGGGUCAUUUGUUCCCCCACUUCCGGCAGGCCCUCCCCCCUUUCAGCAGCUUACUUCAGGCGGUGCGUCAAUGCAAACUUUGCUUCCUUCUGCCCAGCAGAUGGGCCAGCAACUGUCUGCUCAGGAAGACCUUGACGGAGAUCCUCAAAAACGCCUUCAAGCAACAUUGCAGUUGGCAGCAACACUUCUUCAGCAGAUACAUAAACAAUCAAAACCUGGUGGCCAGCAAUAGAACCAAGGUCAUUGCGAAUGUUGGCGCGCAAGAAUCAUAUGGCAUCAUCGCACCAAAUAGCCCGAAACUGCUGUUGGGAUCUUGGUUUACCGGCACCUCAUUUUGGUUGCACCAUUGGAGCGCUAUUAGUUGCUAUCUGAAUCCACCCUUUCUCCUUGUCUAAAGUGACAGCCCUGGCUCUAGAAUUUCCGUAUGCUUUUCCUUUAGCCUGUUUCGCACCUCUUUAACUGGAUAUAUGCACUAAUUUAAUUUAGGUCCAGAUCUUGUGUUGAAAUGGCUUGUAUUAUCAGUGUUGAAGCUCACUCCUAGUCCCAGCCUGUGAUCUUUGCUGCAUUGCUUAGUAACCGACUAGUGGGAUGAAAGUCUCCUGUUUUGCUGAUAUGGGUUGUCCAUGCCUUCCAAUAUCAAAAGUGUACUGUGAUGUUCCGUUUAAAAAAAAAGUGUACUGUGAUGUUAUUUUGGU